AUGGCGCCCUCGGCGGCGCCGGGAGCUCCCGCGCGGGCGCUCGCCGCACGCAUCGCGCGCGGGAGCCUCCGCGCGCGUCCCGUCCCCUCCCGCGUCGCUUCGGUCGGCGUGCACGCGCGGGCGGGCGGCGGAACACGCCCCACCGCGCAUGGAGAUGCGCAGCUCGAGGCGGACGCAUCCGCGACGCGCCCCACCGCGGUCGCGCGGCUGACCGCGUCCCUCGGCGCGUCCACGUCGACGCGCCGCGACGUCCACGUCGACCGCCGCGCGGACACGAGGGCGGCUCGUCGCGAGCGCCGCGACGCCAAGCACGCGCGCGAGCUCGGCCCACACCUCGGCUCGGCCAAUUCUCCCGCGUCGGUGGACGCAGCGAUGUCGCGCGAGUUGGCCGCCAUGGCCGGAGGCGUCGACGCGCUCGCGCGACGCGCGCGGGAUCUCGCGCUCGCCGACGAGCGCAACCUCGAGGUCGCGCUCCGCCUCGCGUCCGCCGCCGCCGACGUCGCCGCGGAAGAGCUCCGCGACGCGUCGCUCGAGGCGGAGACCGACCUCGACUGGCCCGAGUCGUCGUCGUCAUCCGCGGACGCUGUCGACGCGGGCUCAGGGUCCUUCCACGGGUCCUUCGACGACGCGUCACGAACCGCGGCGGCGGCACGGGGGAUACUGAGCCGACGCGAACGCGCACAGCUGUGCGCCGAAUCCGUCGUCGACCUGUCGUCCAAACUCUCCAGACGCCUCAUACACGACGAGUGGUCCGCAUCCGUCGCCGCAUUCGCCGCGAAGGAUUGGCGCAGAGAUCGGAAGAAACCCCGGGUGAGGCCGAAGGACCGGCGGUGCAACCAGCCCAAGGCGCGUCAGGGGUGGAACAAGCGCGCGAUGCGGGAGACGGGCGUGAGGGUGUGCGUCGGGUGCGAACGGAUGCUGCCGACGACGGAGCUCAUCCGCGUCGCGAGGAUGGCGGACGCGGACGACGACGUCGACGCGGAGGGUCACACGAUUGAUACCGUCGAGAAGGAUGGGGAGGAGGGCGACGUCGACGUCGAUACGGAGAAGAAGAAGAAGAAGAAGGACGGGUCCUCCAAACGCAAGUGGUCGGUCGCGAUAGACCCCGGCAGCGUCGCGGGCUCCGAGCCGUUGCUGCGCAUGCUCGUCGACGGGGGCGACGCGGCGGCGGCGGCGAAGCACCCCGCCGCGGCGACGGCGGCGCAAACGUUCCUUCGACGAUUGGCGCCCGCGGCUGUCGCCCACCCCUCGGCCGACCGAAACGAACGACCGACCGCGGCGGCGAGUCCUCCGUCCCGCCGCCGCCCGACGAACGCGCUGCAGGGCCGCGCGGUGUACGUGUGCCGAAGGGGCGCGUGCGGUCGGGUCGCGUUUCAUCCCAAGACUCGGAGGGCGCAUCGCUCGUUACGAGCCGCCGGUUCGUUUGACCCGUCGUUCGCCGCGGCGGCGAUUGAGCUGUGCGUCGCCGCGGAGGUUGAGGACGGCGUGGACUCGAGUCAUUGGGUGUUGGAUCGUGCGGUGGGCGGGGUUCCGGGACGUGCGGCGUCGCACCCGCGGUACGUGGACGAGCGGACGGGUGAGACGGCGGAGGGUUCCGAUCAGACGUUUUUGGUGUGGGCGGCGGAGCGGAGCGACUUUGGCGUCGAGGCGGAGACUGACGAAUGA